CUCGCUCGGCGGCUUUCAGGCCAUGUGCCGUGACUUGGCGAUCCCGCUGCGUCGCGACAAGACCGUGGCGCCGUGCCGGUCCCUCACCUUCCUCGGGGUGGUAUUGGACCUUGAGCGCGGCGAGCUGCGGCUGCCAGCUGACAAGCUGGCACGUGCCAGGGCAGGCCUCACGAGCCUGCUGGCCCGCCGGAAAGCGCCCCUCCGCAUGGUCCGUGAAUGCACGGGGCUCCUCAGCUUUGCGUGCACCGCAGUGCCACUCGGUCGCCCGUUCCUACGGCGCAUGUUCGACUUGUGUCGCGGCGUGUCGCGCCCUCACCACCGCGUCACGAUCACCCGGGCGGCCAGACAGGAUAUGCGCGCCUGGCUGCUGUUUCUAGACCGUUUCCCAGGCCGCGCGAUUCUCGCUCACCGGCGCUGGUUGUUGGAGCCGGGUCUUAUCCUGGAGACGGACGCCUCCAGCUCGGUCGGGCUCGGUGCCAUCUGCGGCGAGGACUGGCUCCUGGGGCCGUGGCCCGCGUCCCUCCGCGAGGCCCCUAUCAGCGUUUUGGAACUAGUGGCUGGCGUCCUUGUGCGCUCAGAUAACUCCGCUGUGGUGGCCUGUAUAACCUCUCAGUCAUCUCGCUCGCCUGCCCUAAUGCCAUGGCUCCGAUUCCUUUUUCUCACCACCGUCUCUCAUAACAUUCUCGUGCGUGCCGUGCACACACCCGGCAUCGCCAAUGCAGCAGCUGACGCCCUGUCCCGCGGUCUUGUGCAGGUCUUCAAGGAGCUCCGCCCGUCCGCAGCAGCCACGCCGACGUCCUGGGACUGGCCGGCCUGCGGCACGCUCUCACCGUUCACCAGCUAGCUGGUGCCGCGCUAGCUCCUGCCACCAUUCGCUCUUAUCGAGCAGUGUGGGGCCAAAUCCGCGUUUUCCUCACUCUGCCGCCCACUGCUGCCCUGUUUCCCAUCUCAGUGGCCGACACUGCUGAUUUCCUGGCCUCUCGACACGAGCAGGGCUGUUCCGCUUCCACCCUCGCCGCCGAGGCGUCUGCCAUCUCCUACGGCCACAAGCUAGCCGGCGCGCCGGAUCCCACGGCGGACUUCCGGGUGCGACAGCUGUUAGCGGGAUCCCGCCGGCUACGGCCGAGUGCGGACAACCGCCUCGCCGUCUCCCUGACCGAGCUCGGCGAGCUCUGCGCCGCACUCCAUUUCCUAGGCCUCUCCCCGGUAGACCGUGCUGCAUUCCGUGCCAUCUUUACAU